AUGUCUGCUAAGAGUCUCCUUCCAACUUUUGCGGUGGCAGUCAGCCAGAUGGCCGUUCAAGCUGCAAACACAGUCUAUCCGACGGACUACAUCGUCGAGCAUAUCCUCAAGCUCAGCAACUACAUCAUCGAUCUCGUUGGCAGCAGUAAUCUCUUUGGCAAGCCCGAACUCGACCUCUACAGUCCCAGCCUAAAUACCUUAUUCGCCCGCCUGCAAAAGAAGCAGGUCGGGCCCAGUCUGCUGCCCCCUGGCUUUCUCACUGUUGAGGGCAUUCACGAGCGAAUCUACCUACGUUCCGACCAAGAGGUUGCUGACCGCCCUCUCGCCGACUACGAGGACCUAUACUAUGCGCUGGUCGCGCGCAUGCAGGAGAUGCAUCAGCUGUUGAACCUUCGCAUCGACAGUGGCUUCAACGAUACGACUCAAUUCGUUUACGAAGGCGGUCCAAGCAUCGCUGAGUUCUACAAUAGUCUGUCUGAGUACUGGAACAUCCUCAACAACCCGUCAUGUGGUAAAGCGCUUGACGAUGCAAUACGUGAGGCGAGGGUCCAGGCGCUCCACUACGAGCUGGUCUGGCAAGUCGAGAACGACAACAUGUCAGCAGAAGAUGCGCAUAAGCAAUUGGCGGAGUUAUACAGCACCAACGUGUACAGCGGUAUCCUCGGACUUCACUUCGUUCAGGACUGGGCGCCGACUAUGAUCGGUGCUUACUUGGAGCAGAAGUACCGCCACAUGCUCAAUCUGGAAAAGGAAGAGGCGACUGUCAAGGCGAGACAAGAGCGUCGCCAAGCCAAGUCGAGAAGCAUGCGCGAGGCUCUUGCCGGUACGCCAGCUGUACAAAAGAUUCCUGAUCGCCGUCGCCCCUACGCCGUACGCAAGGCGGCAGACAACGCCAACACCAGAACCCACAUCGAGGCCGACCACCAGUACCUAUCCAAGGAACAGGCAUCAGUGCAGCACUCUCCAAAAUACCGAGCCGAGCUCCACCCGGGUCGCCACCACGAAGAGCACACCGCCACUAUCUACGAACAAAACAUAGCGGAGGCGGAAGACAUGCUCAUGCUUCUCGAGUGGCAGAUGAAGACGCAGCGCGUAUCAGAGUACAGUGACUACCUCCGUGCUCACGCUAGCCAGGACUCACAGCAUGCGGUUCAGAGUAGCCAGAGUUCAGUCACGGACAGCUUUGUCGGACCUUUCUCCUCUACCUUGCCUCGUGGUGGCAAUGGAGGUGUAUUCCAUCACCCAGAUAUGGAUUACAGUCAGUAUAUGGAGUUUUAA